UGAGAGUCCAGUGGAAACAAGGCUGUCAUAUUAUACUUUCUCACUAGAUUGCAUCAGUUUUUCUGUAACGCAUGCUUUUGUUUUAAAUUAUUUCCACUUUGGGACUGAGUUUCUGGGGGGAUAAUUUAUAGAGGUAGGACACUGACUGUUUCUGCUGAAGUAAGUCUUGCUACUUUGCUACAAACAUGCAGCCGCUGGAGUGGUACUCUUUUUCUGCUGUAUGCAGUGCAUUUUUUCUUGUCUCGUGUAUUUUGUUUGCAAAAGUAUCCCGUGAACAGCGGGAUCCAUAUAUGGAUGAGCUGUUCCACGUCUCACAGGCACAGAAGUACUGCGAUGGAAAAUUCACUGAGUGGGAUCCCAUGAUCACUACAUUGCCUGGCAUGUACCUGAUGUCUGUGGGAAUGCUGCAGCCUGUUGUCUGGCUUUUGAAAUGGAAGCAAAGUAUAGUCUGUUCAACAGGAAUGCUCCGAUUCCUUAACCUUCUCUUCAGUGCAGGAAACUUGUACUUACUGUAUCUACUUGUAUGCAGGAUUCAUCACAAAGACAAGAGUUGCUCUGCCUUCCAAAGGAUUGUGUCUGCUUUGGUCCUUGCUUCAUUCCCUCUGUUAUACUUUUUUACAUUCCUUUACUACACAGAUCCAGGUUCAACAUUUUUUACCUUGUUUGCAUACUUAAUGUGUCUAUAUGGAAACCAUGGGACCUCAGCAAUGCUUGCAUUUUGUGCUUUUAUGUUUCGCCAAACAAACAUCAUAUGGGUUGUAUUCUGUGCAGGGAGCCUCAUUGCUCAGAAGUUGGCAGAGGAAUGGAAGACUGAGCUGAAAAAGAAAGAUGAGAAGAGUUCUCCUGCAAAAGGAUCACUUUUGGAAAUAAAACAAGCUUUACAAUUCAUUGCUAAAUACAUGUUGUCUUUAAAUAAUAUGAAAAACCUACUUUGGAUGACUUGGCCAUAUGUCCUCUUAGUUAUUGGUUUCUUUGUAUUUGUAGGAGUUAAUAAGGGAAUAGUUGUGGGUGACAGGAGCAGUCACGAAGCCUGUUUUAACUUCCCUCAGCUGUUCUACUUUUUGUCAUUUACACUUGUCUUUUCAUUUUCUCACCUUAUAUCACUUCAGAAAGUUACACAUUUUCUCAAGGCUGUGCAAAGGAGCCCAUUGCUGUACACAUUCAUUUUUGUUCUAUCUUCUCUACUUGUCUGGAAGUUUACUUACGUUCAUAAGUACUUACUGGCAGAUAACAGACACUAUACUUUCUACGUAUGGAAAAAUAUCUUUCAGAGACAUGACUUUGUAAAAUACUUCUUAAUUCCAGGCUAUGUAUUUGCAGGAUGGAGUGUUGCCGAUGAACUGAAGUCAAAGUCCGUUUUCUGGAAUUUGAUGUUUUGUACAUGUUUAGUAGCUGCAACAGUCCCUCAGAUGCUGCUAGAAUUUCGGUACUUCAUUAUUCCCUAUUUAAUCUACAGACUUAAUAUAGCCAUACCAUCUGCACCAAAGCUCCUCCUGGAACUAGCUUUUUAUGUUGUUGUGAACUGUGUGACUGUUUACCUUUUUAUAAACAAAACUUUUAAGUGGCCUGAUGUUGAUGAACUGCAAAGGUUUAUGUGGUAAUCAUCGAGGAAAGUGUGGAGCAUGUACAUCUUAAAUGCAGGUUGCCUGUUCUGCAGGCUAAAAUGGGAAGAUGAUUUCUGACAUUGUAAUUUAGAUGUUUUUAUUUCUUCCAUUUGUAUCAGUUGAAUUGUGAUGUCCAAGGGAUUUCAGGACCAAAUGGGAUGUGUAUCACAAAUGAAGUGUAAAAUAGGUGAUGUAUUGUACUUGCUGGUUGAUUUUUUUUCUGUUUUCCUAAGAGUAAUGUGCAGUACACAUUUUUUAUGGUUGUAAUUUGUGCCAGUCUGUACCAUAACACUACCAGGCAGAAUGCCACAUUUAUAUGUAGAUGCUGCACUACUAACUCAGGCUGUAUCUCUUGAGGGUUCUUUUCUAGGUGGUAUCCUGAUUUUGCAGCUGAAUGUAUAGAAGCACUUGGCAGUUAGUUUAGCAGUUUUCUAAAGUUGUAUAGUGGAUAGCUGGCCAUUGUAAGGCUGUGGACACUUAUGAUGUUCAAAUUCACAAAUCAGUUUUCUUACCAUCGAUGGCACUGCAUUUUUAUAGAUUGUAAAGGAGUUUUUCUGUCUUGUCCGAGUCCCACAGCCUCAUAACAAAGCUUCCCAUUUGCGACAAAAGCAAGUCCUGGGGUACUAAAAUAUUGUCAACAUCUAAAUGUGAUUUGACCUUUGUGAUGUUUCAGAAUAAAAUGGAAUAAUCAGUUGUAGUCUU